UCAGUCACUUCCUGUCAUAUUUCUUUCUUUCUUUUUUCUGACGGAGUAAAGUUCGGUUGGAAAAAAUGGGUCGCCGUCCAGCGAGAUGUUAUCGUUACUGCAAAAACAAGCCAUAUCCUAAAUCACGUUUCUGUCGUGGUGUACCCGAUCCCAAAAUUCGUAUCUUCGAUUUGGGCAGAAAGAAGGCUGGUGUCGAAGAUUUCCCCCUGUGCGUGCAUUUAGUGUCCGACGAAUAUGAACAGCUCAGCAGUGAAGCCUUGGAAGCUGGCCGCAUUUGCUGCAACAAAUACCUGGUGAAAUUCUGCGGUAAGGAUCAAUUCCACAUCCGCAUGCGUUUGCAUCCAUUCCACGUUAUUCGCAUCAAUAAAAUGUUAUCGUGUGCCGGAGCUGAUAGGCUCCAAACUGGAAUGCGUGGUGCCUUUGGCAAACCCCAAGGUACUGUAGCCCGUGUACGCAUUGGACAACCCAUCAUGUCGGUGCGUUCCAGUGACAGAUACAAGGCUCAAGUCAUUGAGGCUUUGCGUCGUGCGAAGUUCAAGUUCCCUGGCCGUCAAAAGAUCUACGUCUCAAAGAAAUGGGGCUUCACCAAGUACGAGCGUGAGCGUUAUGAGGAAUUGCGUGAUGACAACCGUUUUGAAUCCGAUGGUUGCAAUGUCAAAUACAGGCCAGAACAUGGACCCAUGGCUGCCUGGGAAAAGGCUCAACGUGAUGCCAUGGCUUAAAACACACACAUGCAAGGUGGUGUAAAUUUGUAUAAAUUUUGUUAAACAAAAAUGAAAAUGAGAACCCCCCCAUAACAACACAAGUGAACAUCUUUUGUGAAAAAAAAUAAAUAAAUUUCUUUAAAUAAACAAGAAGUGAUGGACAGUCGAUUUUGUUCAUUCGCUUGGAAAAAAAAUUUA